CCCCCAUCCUUAAAAAGAGGAAAAGUCCCUGACCCGGCGUCCCAGGGCCAGAAGACCUGCCACAGGGAAGCCAGUGGAGACAACCCGACCACAGAGACUGACAUCGCGACAGGACCCGCCCCUCUGCCUCCACCUCUCCCGGACCUCUGCUGCUCCGCCGCCCCGCCAAGUGCUGGGGGCCGGCGCGGCUGUCACGCUCCAGCAGGGGGACCCUCGGCUACGCAGUCAGCUGGCGCCCGCGUAGAUGGCGAGGAGCCCCCAAGGCCUCCUGAUGCUGCUGCUGCUGCACUACUUAAUGGUCGCCCUGGACUAUCAUAAGGCAAAUGGACUUUCUGCAUCAAAAGACCACCAAGAAGUUACAGUAAUAGAGUACCAAGAGGCUAUUUUAGCUUGUAAAAGCCCAAAGAAGACGACCUCCUCCAGAUUAGAGUGGAAGAAACUGGGACAGGGUGUCUCCUUGGUGUACUACCAACAGGCUCUGCAAGGCGACUUUAAAGAUCGUGCUGAGAUGAUAGAUUUCAAUAUUCGAAUCAAAAAUGUUACAAGAAAUGAUGCCGGAAAGUAUCGCUGUGAAGUCAGUGCUCCAUCAGAUCAAGGCCAAAACCUGCAGGAAGAUACAGUCACCCUAGAAGUCUUGGUGGCCCCUGCAGUUCCUUCCUGUGAAGUGCCCACUUCUGUCAUGAGUGGGAGUGUUGUAGAGCUGCGGUGUCAAGAUAAAGAAGGAAACCCUGCUCCUGAAUACACAUGGUUUAAAGACGGCACCAGUUUACUAGGGAACCAAAAGCUUGGCAAACACAACAGCUCAUACACAAUGAAUACAAAAUCUGGAAUUCUGCAAUUUAACAUGAUAUCCAAGAUGGACAGUGGAGAGUACUACUGUGAAGCCCGUAAUUCUGUGGGACACCGCAGGUGCCCCGGGAAGCGAAUGCAAGUAGAUGUUCUCAACAUAAGUGGCAUCAUAGCAGCUGUAGUAGUUGUGGCCUUCGUGAUUUCUGUAUGUGGCCUUAGUGUGUGCUAUGCUCAGAGAAAAGGCUACUUUUCAAAAGAAUCUUCCUUCCAGAAGGGCAGUCCUGCAUCUAAAGCCAUGGCAAUGAGUGAAAACGAUUUCAAGCACACAAAAUCCUUUAUAAUUUAAAAGAAUUCCACUUUCAAGAUGCGCCAAAACAAGUUGUCACACAAGUUAUUAAAAUAUUAUAAAAACCUGCUUUGUCUCACAUUUGCAAAGAGAUGAAUGAGGAAAUGACAACAUAAUUUUUAUGACCUCUGGUUUACCUGAAAUUGUUAUUUUAAGCAAAUAGUUCUUGUCACCACUUAAAAUACAGACUGGCAUCCUGUGUCUGAACUAAAGAGAAGUGAAAUACCUGGUAAUAUUCGGAGUUUUGUGAAAUGCAAAUGAAUUUUCAAAGUUUUAGAAAAUUUAAUAUGUCAUGGACUGUGAAGCUAACCUAAGAGGCAAGUAUACAAUGCAUGUGCUCUCUGUGCAAGAGUGGCUUGUGUGUUCAGGAAAUACUCUAAAGAAUGGAAACUCUGAUCUCAAAAUUCCCACCAGAACCUUCUUACCACAAAAUACCCCUUAUUCCUGUGGUCCUUUGCACUAAGAUAUCCGUAAGGGAAGCCCAGGGCUCGGGCCUACGCCCAAGGAUUUGCACUGCGUGCUUACUUUCACUUCUCAGAACCAAAGUCAACACGAAUGGAGCUGCUUGCUGCUAUUUCCAUUUCCUGAACCUCCUUUGGAGAGGCUCAGUGACCUGGACAUCAGAGCACACUAUUAGAACCUACACAACUUCGCAGACACCUUGCGCUGCCCGAGGUGAUCUUAUACCUAUCUCUAAGAGCAAUUCAGAGCUGGGCAGGUCCCCCACUGCUGAAGAUAAGGGGUUGUCAAUCUGCUUAUAAUGAAAAAGGGACAUGGGGAAGAAAAGUGUUUGAGUACCUGUAAAAUGUAAACAAAUGAGCUCAUUUUGACUCCCAGCUUGCUUGAUACAGCAAGGGCACAUGAGAAACCAUGGCUGAAAAGAGACAUGGGUCUCAUGCUUUCUGAGAUGUUUAACCACAAAGGCCAGCAGCUGAUGUCCAAAUAUAAAAUUCCCAGGGCUCAAUAGUAAAACCAGUCCAUGCUGAAAGCAAACUGUAAAUAGAGAUAUCUAGUUCUGGUUAAUAGUGUGAAAAGGUUCUUUAUUCCUUGUGUCAGCUUUGAACAUGGUCAAGUUGGCUUCCAAAGAAUUUGUUCUUUCUGCCUGAAAGGCAAAGCAGGUUCUCAGGAUUCACUGACCAAUGGAGUAGGUGGUCACUGAGUACUUAAAAGUGGUCAGGUCACUGGGGAGUUGUCCAGUGUUGUGCUGCUCGCCUUUAACUUUGUGGCCUUCAGUCCUUCUCAGUAGACUCCUUCCUAAAGGUCUAGCUUCUAUAAUGUGGCUCUGCUCUCAAGGUCAGAUUCACACUUAGUUGAGCCAGCAAACUCUACAAAGAACAAGACAGUAGACAUUUUAACCCCCGUGGUUCCUGUUGUGGUCACUCAGCUCUGUCACGUGAUGUAGAGAACAAGUACGUGUGGCUGUUCCAAGAAAACAUAAUUGAAAAAAUCAGUGCCAUAGGUUUGAUUUGCCCACAGGUACAAUCUCAUUCCUGGUAGCAAAUGGCAAACACCAAAAAUGUGUGGUGUAUAAGAAAUCAGGGUAAAUGCUGCCUAUGCCCUGACUAAGAGACUUGCUUUGGUAGAAAGCAUCCUGUCCUCUGCAGUGCCAAGUAGACAUAGAACUCUCAAGGAUGCCCUUAGGCCAUAUACCACCAUCACAAGAUCAACUGCUUCACUUCAAUGACAAAUCCAGUGUGAGAGGACAAUUAUGUAGUGCCUUAACUUCACUUAGACACUGAAGCCUGAAGAUUCUUUUUAUGCAAUGAAAAAACCUAAUAAAGUCUGUGCCAAGUAUCUAUUACACAGCAUUAACUAAAAUACUGUAGAGCUGUCAUCUUCACGAAGGCUGUAACUGCGAACACUAACUGCCAUGUCCAUUUGCUCUUUUCUGAGACUCAGUGUAUCAAAGUUGAAUUGUAGUUUAUAGAGUGUUUUGAUUUCGUUUUUCUACAGUGAACCUGUAAUGGGGCUCUAGAGACCAUAGUAACAACUUUUAUUUUAGUAUUGUUGCUGUUGUAACUAGAGCCAAUUUAUUUUUAGUUAGGGUGGGAGUUAGCUUAACUAAGUCCGAGUAUUUAUUUUUCAAUACAACUUUACAAAGAACUUCCUUUAUUCUAAGGCUCACUUUUUGAUUAAAGUCCACAUUACAAAAAUAGCUACAGGCAGCUAAACUUUAGCAGGGGAAGUCACUCACCUAUUGUUCAGUAAAGCCCAGGAAACCCCUCCCUCUUACCACCUGCAGCUGUGAGGCAGCACUGCAGAGUAAAGAUGAUCUCAGUGCUCAGGCUAGACACCUGCCAACUCCUAAAGUCAGAAAAUAAAAAGGGAAAACUUACUGGAUGCUUUAUGUAUGUCAAAGGUCAGGGAUAAGGAAGUGCAAAGUCUCACUCCUCUUCUAAGAGGAAUCAAGAGGAGUCUGUCGUUUUAGAGUUGGUGAUUUCGGGUUUCAGUGCUGUUGUUGGAGCUGGGUUCUUUGUGAACACAUGUCCACCUGAUUCACAGCUCACUUUUUCUUCAUUUCAAAUUCUCCAGUUCCCUAUACUUUGUCUUCAUCCUCAGUAACCUCUGGCUUGUCCAACCCUCCGUGGCCCUCAAACCUAUCUGUUUUCUAUCCAUUCUGUCAUCGUGGGCAUGUUUAUCCACUCUGGCUUCCACAUCUCCGACCUGGUAUUUUUAAAUGUCUCUUAUAAAGUAACAUUUCCAAGCAUAUUUCAUUUUGGUUGACUAUCAACCCCCAUUUCCUUUCCCCCUUUCCUAAUGUAGGGCCCUUAUGGCCCUGCGUAUUAUUGUCUUCCUCCUACCUCCCACCUAGAUAAACAUACUCAGCAGCAAGAAGCUAGAACCCACUCAAGAACUAUGACAUUGUGUUUGAGUCCAAUCCUUUCCAGUGCCAUCCAUUUUCUGGCAAUUUCAUUUGACUUCAUGGAUGAAUAAAACUUGUAACUUUUUGUUUUUAAAUGCUAAAGUUAGUUAUAAACAAUGCUACAUGUAAAUUCUAGCUACACAACCAACCCAUCCCUAGCUUUCUCCAUCUUUAACCACCCAUGGUGCCAUUAAAACUGGAAUCCCAGGCUUGCAGUAACUUCACCUUUUCUUUCUGGGGCUGCUCUCAGGAACCUCUUCCAGUCACCUAACUGCUCCUGCUCUAAGGCAUCCCCUCCUCACCCCCUCUGAAAGCCUUCUUAUGUACUGUCAACAAUAACAACUCACUUCUGUUCCCCUGGCUGAACACCUUUCAUUCUUUCUUUAGUCAGUCAAGUCUACAUUCCACAGCUGGUGAUGAAAAAGGCUCCUCCUGUCCUCUUACACAUUUGCUCAUAUAACCCACCUGAUCAGCCACAUCCCUGUCUUCAGUGGCUGCACCAUUAUUCACCAAUCAACUGGACUGUUUGUCUUUACAAUUUAUUCUGCCCUUGUAAAUACAGUCAUUUACAAUACUUCUUCUGGAAUGCUAGCCCUCCACAAGCUAUGGAAAAUACUAUGUCUUCCUAACAGACAAGUCAAAUUCAACUACUCUAGCAAGUUUCUUCUCUGAAUUCCCAAGGUGUUUGAUUCUUUUGUGAUAUUCAUUUGUUUCUCUGUUAUAGCACAGGUAGGUAUGGACAUGUCUGACACCCAGGUCUUCAUAAACCCAAGGUAUUUAAUAGUAUCUAACAUGAAAACAAUUCCUCAAACUGCUGAAUACAUGUGAAGCACAAAGAAUGAUUAAAUGUAAGCAUCUACUUAGAGUAUUAAUAAAACAUUAUAUUCUGAUACA